ACUGUGCAUAGCCUUGCAGUGUGCGGACAACAGCAACGAUACGAGGAGCUUCACGCACGUAAAUCCCAAAAAAAAGCGAAAAAUCGAAAUACAAAUACAGAAGCCCACGAACACGGAGGUCUGAUAUCAGACCGAAAGAAACGUUCUAAACAUGCUUAGCACAUUCGCUUCGGUUAAGCAAUAUCUGAAGUUCGAUUUAUCGCGUGUGAUUAUCGAUAAUAUUGUGUUUAAGCUCCACUACCGUUGGACCUUUGUGCUGCUGCUGGUGGCAACCCUGUUGAUCACCUCGCGUCAAUACAUUGGCGAGCACAUACAGUGCAUAUCCGAUAAUGUGGUCGCGCCGGUGAUAAACACUUUCUGCUUCUUCACGCCCACGUUUACAGUGGUGCGUCAUGUGAAUAACACAGCCCUCGAAUCGGGCAGCAUCUUUCAACCCGGAAUCGGACCCUACAAUCGCAAUGAAGACAAAAUCAAGCGACACGCCUACUACCAAUGGGUGCCAUUUGUGCUCUUCGCCCAAGCUUUGUGCUUCUACAUGCCACACAUGCUGUGGAAGAAAUGGGAGGGUGGUCGCAUCAAGGCACUUGUUUAUGGAUUGCGUAUGGUUGGAUUAACGAAAUAUCUGAAGCAUGACAGCAUGCGAAUUGGCAAACUGAAUAUACCAUCGAUGGCGGAGGCUGAGGAACGUGUGAUCAACAUACGUCGCACGAUGAUUGAUCGCAUGCGAUUGAAUCAAUCGUGGGGCGCACAUUUGGUCUUUGCCGAGCUGCUCAACUUGUUCAAUUUGUUACUCCAAAUCUAUUGGACGCAUCGAUUUUUGGGCCGUGAAUUUCUCACUUUGGGCAUCAAAGUGCUGCGAGAACGUUGGGUCGACAAAAUGGAUGCACUCGAUGUUGUGUUCCCCAAAGUGACCAAGUGCACCUUCUACAAGUAUGGUGCCUCAGGUUCGUUGCAGGAACACGACACGCUUUGCGUGAUGGCUUUGAACAUUAUGAACGAGAAGAUUUAUACCAUUCUGUGGUUCUGGUAUGCUUUUCUACUGACCGUCACCGUGCUCGGACUUUUGUGGCGUCUAUUCACUGUCUUCUUCUACAAAAACGUCACCUUUUCAAAAUGGUCGUUAUACUGGGCAAAGCCGGGCAAAAUAGAUGAAUCCGAUCUGAAGUCGGUUAUACAGAAAUGCAAUUUCUCCAAUUGGAUGUUCCUGUUCUUCUUGCGCACAAAUCUGUCGGAAUUCCUCUUCCAAAAGGUCAUCUACCAUCUGGCCAGCGAGUUCCCCAACGAUCCGAUACACGAUAACGAUAUCAACGAUUACAAGGCACGCGAAAGGGAAGCAGCUGGAAGUUCUGGCAGUACGGUAAAAUAUCCUUUACUCGAAUCACUGGACACAGUGGAUGCCCCGUUGUUGCAUCAUCGCGGCGGAGCAUCUGUUGCACCAAAAUCACCCACAGAUGGCGCCACGUUGCCUGCCUAAUCGACAUUUAAUUUUAUGUACAUUAAUUUAAGCUUUAAGCAAUUAAUUAUGGAUUUCUUUACACAUUUUUCUACAAUACAAUUUUUUUUUUUUUGUAAAUGGUUUUUUCCCCCAAAUAAAUUUAUUGUUAAGUUC